GGGAGUAAACGGCGUGAGUCAAUGAUUUCUGUUAGCAAGGAGUAAAUAAAGAUUCAGGAAGAGGAGGCAUCAAAUGUGCAAUUAUUUAUUCUUCAGACAGAGAAGUUAAAGAAACUAUUGUAGAUUCAGAAAGAGUAUAGGAAUACAAAAAUAUUGGCUGAGAUUGCAUAAAUAGCAAAAGUACGGUUUACAACGAAUGGUAGCAAAUAGGGUUCUUGAGUAACUAUAAGGAUAGACCUUUUUUUACAGAUUUAUGUAAACACCUUUACAUGUAAACGUUUGAACCAAAUUCUUGGAUAUUCAAAUAGGGAGAUGAGGGAGAUAAAUUUUAUGUAAUAUUAAAUGGAAGUGUGAGAGUUUUGAUUGAUUAGGCUACAACAUUGACAGAUGUUAUGAUAAAGAAAGAAGUGGCUUAAUUAAAGAAGGGAGAAUUCUUUGGAGAAAUGGCAUUAUAAUUUAAUUUAAAAAGAACUGCAACAAUAAUAACAAAUGAAAUCACAGACUUAAUUAUUUUAGAGAAUGAAGCAUUUUAAUAAUUUAUGUUAGCUGAUCAUAUGUAAACAGAAAGAGUUAAAGAAACUAAAAUGUUUUUAGAAAAAUUAUAAAUCUUCUAAGGAUUUAGUAAUAAGAUUAUGGUAAGUUUAAGUACUAAAUGUAUAUAAAGUAAACAUAAACAUUAAACCAUAUUAUUAAAAGCAGAAACUAUACCCAUUAAAUUAUUUAUAAUAAAAUCAGGUUGUGUGACUGUGAUUUAAAAAUUGCCAGGUGUUAUUUCUGAUUAUUCACCAUAAGUUGAGUAUGGAUUUCCAUUAAAUGAAUAUUUUGAAAUAUCUGAACUUGGUAAAGGUGAUAUCUUUGGGGAUUUCGCUAUGCUAAAAUAAGAAAAAUCUAAAUAUACUUAUAUGACAGCAAUAGAAUCUGAAAUUAUAACACUAAGUUUAUUCGACAUUAAAAAAAUAGUUCCAUCAGAUUUAUUAGAUUAAUAUAUUGUUAAAUUAUAAACAUAUCCAGAACCGUAAGAAUUAAAAGAAAUGAUUAUAGAAAAAGAUAAAUGGGAAAAAUAUAAGAAAUAAUUAUUAAAUAGAGUACAUAAAGAGAAAUAAAGUAGAAAAGGUUUUAAUGAAGGUCUACGUUUACCUACAUUAAAUGAUUCCUACAUAUAAGCACCAAAUAGACAUAAUAUCAAGGCCUUGUAUUAAUAUUUAUUGAAUUUAGUAUAAUAAAUGAUAAAAGAUAAAGACUUACUCCAGUCGAGAAAAGAGUCUUCUUUAAUGAAAUUAAUUACCUUCGUCAAUCAGUUUCUAAUGAAAGACUUAAAAAGUUUCUUCAUAGUUACUAAUGA